AUGUGGGUGGAGCUGAUUUGUGGUCUGGUAAUCUACAGAUUGGUCCGUCGCUUCUUCUACGAUGAUGAUAUUUUCGAGCUCGAAUUGUCCGAUUCCAAUGUCCUCUUCUCCGUCGCCGAAAGGCUUGAAAAGCUAUAUGGUGGUAAAGCCUACGUAGGGCUUCGGAUUCCCGACGCUGAUACAGGUUCGCGACAGAAUAUUGAUAUGGUUCUCGUCACCAAAGGUGAGGCAGUGGUGAUAUCUGUUAAUAAUAUAUCGGGAUUCGUAUCUAUCGAUAAGGACAAAAGUUGGGUUUGCACCGGCGGACAUAAGCACAAAACAAAGCAUCAUCCAGAUCCUGUGGCAGAGAUUAAACAACAAGCUGCCAUUCUUGAAGCAUAUCUUGAACAAAGGGGAGUUACACUUCCAGAAGGAUAUUUAUCUUGCAGAGUUGUAUGUCCCAACCCAAAUUUCCGUGAUCUCAUUGCCCAAGAAAAAUUUGUCCCCAGCACUGGAAUCUCUAUUGGCCUUGCAAUGCUUAUAUUGCUUAAUUUGGCUUAG